CAAUCAUCUGUCCAGCUCCCAGUGGGCGCGCCGCACCUUGCAGCGUCUGUGGUAACCCGGGCAGUGGCGAAAGAGAAAGCUAGAAGAGAAUGGCAUUGAUUUUCAUCUAGGCUUUUGACUUAAGGAGGGACCAUGACGGCCGGUUCCGUGUGUGCUCCUCAGAUCAUACCACUGCGAGUGCCUCAGCCUGGCAAAGCGAACCAUGAAAUCAAUACUAACACUCUUUUGGAAAUGAAAUCAGACACCCCAGAAGUUAACAUAUAUUAUACCCUGGAUGGCAGCAAACCUGAAUUUCUGAAGAAAAUCGGUUAUGGUGAAAAUAACACAUUUAAGUAUACAAGACCUAUUACUCUGCCUGAUGGAAAAAUACAAAUUAAAGCUAUUGCCGUGUCUAAAGACAGCCGACAAAGUAGAAUUGUCACAAAGGUGUUCCAAGUGGACUAUGAACCACCAAGCACAGCCUCUUCCGGAGACAGAGUCGCAAGUGUUCUCAAAGGCUCUUCAAAACAGGAAUUAAAGCAUGGAUUUAUUGGACCAAAAGUAAGGAAGAAAUGUAAGAGUGCGGAAAAUAAAUCUGGUUGGAAUGUUAGCCUUCGAAAGUUUCCAGACCUCAAGGAAGGCGAAAGAAGUGACCCUAGAGCUCUGAAGGAUCUUCGCUUCUCAGAGAGUCCAUUGGAAAUCCCAGCUCACUGUGCGGGAUCAAGCUCUGGACUGCCUGCCCACCUGUCCCAGUCCCCUGGUUUUGCACACAUACCAGGCCAGAAGAGUUUGACAAGCACGGAGAUCAUGAGAAUCCAAAGGCAGACGGACUUUCUCAGGUGCGCCCACUGCCUGGGCCCCCGCCCCUCGGACCCCUUUGCGCGCUUCUGUCCUGAGUGUGGCGCGCCCGUCCCGCCCAUAUUCGGCUGUCGUCUUCCACCCCCAGAAGGAGCCCAGAUGGGCUUGUGCACAGAGUGUGGGAACGUGGUACCCAUGAACACCCCCAUCUGUGUGGUGUGCGAAGCCCCACUCGCUCCACAGCUGCGGCCCCAGGCCAGCCUCCAUUUGAAGGCGAAGGCGAUCUGCGGCUCCUGUGGCACUGGGAACCCUGCUCACCUGAGCUACUGCGUCACCUGCGAGGGGGCCCUGCCUUCGCCACAAGAGCCCAUGCACAGUGGAGAGAAAGCACCCCCUCUGCUGACCCAGAAAGAGGAGACUGCUUCCUGCUACAAAUGUGGCCACCAUUGCAACCCCAGGGAGGCGACCUUCUGCGACUGGUGUAGAACCCUGCUUGGCCUGUCUCCCAGCCACUCUGUCUGCCUGAAAUGUGGGGCCAGCAAUCACCCGUCCGCUCGGUUCUGUACGACCUGUGGCGUCCAUGUGAACUCCAUGGCGAGAUGGAGCCUGAACGGCAGCCUGGCUGCCCUCAUGGGGGAGCCACACCCUGCUUCCCAGCCCCAAUCUGUGUGGCAGCCCAGAACUGUUCCUCUGCCCAGUGCUGACCUCGGACUGAAGAAGCACGUGGGCACCCAGACCGUGGGCCUGUUCUACCCAUCCGGCAGGCAGCUUGCCGAGAACAGGCCACAGCUAGAGGGGCGUGGCCACGGGCCCCCGCUCACUGCCAUCAGCCCGGGCAGAGGCUACUGGCGGAAACAGUUGGAUCACAUCUCUGCUCACCUCCGCUCAUACGCCCAGAACAACCCCGAGUUCCGGGCCUUGAUCUCAGAGCCCAGGAUGGGGAAGCUCCUCUCUGCCACUGUCCACGAAGACGGCUGUGAAGUUAGCAUCAGGCUGAAUUAUAUUCAAGUCUCCAACAAGAACCUGCACCUCAGCAAAGCGAUGGACUUCAGCGACCGCUUUCUCAGCAGUGUCGCCGAGGGUGGUGAUGGCCUCUAUGGCAGCAGGUCCAGCCUGGGUGAGUCCUACCCUCCCAAGAUCUUCCAGCCAUGGGCCGGAGACCCACAGGCAUCCAAGGACAGCCGAAACCCACACACAACUCUCCAGCCCUGUCACAAAUCUCACUGUCACCUCCCAGCCAUUUCCUUUCCCAGAAGCAGAUGCCUGCUGGAGGAUGGGGGCGCAGCGGGGGACGGAAGAGCCUCUGUGCUCGAACAGCUGCUAGUCGAGGGUGCUGACCCCAACUACAGUGACAGCGAGGGCCUACCCCCUGUGGCCAUGGUUGCUGAGAAUAAGGACCAGGAAGCCAUCCAGGUUUUCACCCGGAGAGGAGCUGACAGAGACCAGCAGGGACCAUGCAGUGCCAGGCUCCAGAAGGUGACCAUGAGAGGCCAGACAGCCCACAACCUGGCUCUAGAAGCAGGGGACACCUCACUGUCUGAUGCUGAAUUCAGCCCAGAGCUGGGGGACCAGCUCAGCCCACCUGAGAGCCACGGCCCAGAUGACCAGCAUGUCCAAGGUGGCCGAGGGCCCUCACUGAAGGAGCCACUCAGCCCUGGCCACUCGGCUUCUGAACUGUGCCUCUGAGACUGCGAACUGAGCUUAAGAGGAACUCUUCAGAUUCUUUUUUUCUUUCUUUAGAGCUGGGUGUGCUGAUACACGCCUGUAAUCCCAGCACUCUG